UUCCUCGCGAGGCACCUGUCGCAUGUCACAAAGGUACUAGACAAGCCCCUAGGGUGGCCAGAGGUCAUUUGAGUCAUACAGAUUUAAGUUUCAAUAUUAUUUUUAUCUCAGAAGCUUGUCUAAGCUCGAACUUGGAGAUUUAGUAACAAAUUUAGCCGGCCAACCCUAAUUCCAUUCAGCUAAUUCUGAGAUUACUAAAUUUGAAUUCGAAGUGAUUUGACAUUAGUUGUAUAUAGAACAAGGAAUGAGAAACUUUUUGAUCGAUAAUUAAUUAUUGUUACUAAUUUAGCCAAAUUUUACAUUCUCUAACGAAGCCAAUGAACCAUGAAUGGCUGAUAGAGCUCCAGGAAAGGAGUUCAAAGUGCAGAUGGAGUGCAUUUAGAAGCUAAAUUUAGUGUAUAUCUUACUUCUUUUCCUUUUGUAGACACUAAUCUUCCACCAUUAGUUUCCUGAUGUUUCCAUUUUGACAACCUAAGAGAAGCAUAACAAGUUGAGUAGAUUUGUAUCUGUGAGACAAGAUAUAGUUUUCAUAGAUUUAAACUAACUUCAACUCAAACUUACCUGAGGAGACCUUCCUUCUUGAUAUGGAUUUUGAACAACUCUUUAAACAGCACAAAGUUGAUUUAUGAUUCACUAAUAUCUCCCUUUUAAGAUUUCUGAUCUGAAUAAGGAUAGCAUGGAGACACAUAAAAGUUUAAAAAUUGAGAAGAGGGUUAAUCUAUGUCCUGAAUUUACCUUUCAUAAAACUAAAAUUAGAGGGGAUAAAAUGCCACUGAUGAAAAUUUCUGCUUAUCUCCAUUCACUACCACUAAUUACUUCGAAAUCAUUACCCGACAGAAAUCAUACGGUAAUGAAAGUUUGUAGUUGUUAUUGGAGAUUUCUAUAAAUAUUUGCAACCAUCUGGCAUUUCAAGCUAUAACAAUACAAUACCCCUAUCGAAGAAAAGUUGGAUUCAACCAGUGUUUUUCACUUAGGUCUCAAAGGUGACACUUUUGCCACAAAGAGGGGAAUUUGAACCUAAAAAUCCUCAGAAGAUAUAUCAAUUAAUAGAUCGCUAAUAUAGCCUUAUCAAUAUGAACUUGGGGCCUAAAAUCUUCCCUUUCUGUGAGGGGGAUACCGGAGCCUGAAUUUUGGCAAAGGGAGAAAAGUCUUAUCUGGCAAUGAACUCA